AUGGAUUUCAAUGGUAACUGCAGCCUGAUUGAGAAAGUCUCGGAGAAUGUGGACGGCCUGGGUGCACUGCUGAACUGGCACAGGAGCUGGCAAACCCUCGUCCCCAUCCUGCUACUACUGCGACAACUACCAUUGCCACUGCGGGGCCUACUUGUGCUUAUGGUGCAGGCAUGUGUCUUACCAGCAUCAGCAAGGUAUUGGGCUUCGCCCACAGGUGCUGAUAUGUUCUCCCUGACACCACUGCCCAUGGAUGUGGCAGAGACUUCCGGUGACGGUAUCGCAGACGUGGCGGAGACCUUCCUACAAGAUGCGCAUCGGUUAGCAGCUGUGAGUGGCCAAAGCAUGCCAAAACCCAUUUUCUUUCCAAAAGACCUGCUGGUUGAAGAGACCGCCCAAGCAGCGCGAAGGAGGUUUUUUGAUGCCUCCACCAUCCUCCACCAAUUCGUGCUGGUGGAGCACCUCACAGGGAGCUGCCCGGAGAUGUGCACAGGCAUGCACUGGUCUGCUGCGCAGGCUGAACGCGAGGGGCCUUAUUGA